CUUCCGCGAGAUGGGUUUGUAUACAUCUUGUUCAGUUCAAUUGACAGAUCCAAAACAGAAAUCAAAACAAAAUAUUGUUUGUGGUUGUAGUCAAGCCAUUCAGACGCGGGCAGAAGUUAGCUAAAAAGAUUGUAUGGUUUUCUUUGUUUUAGCGGUGGUCCCUUCACCUUUCAAUUAGCGAUGUCGGAUGAGUACCAGCAUGUAAGCAAAAGCAAACUGAAGCUCAAGAAUGAUUCUGAUACAAAGAAAAAGCACAAGAAAAAGGAUAAGAAAAAGGAAAAGGACAAAGUAAUACGUGCCGUGCUUGAAGAUCCUGGUAAAAGCGAGGAACGCAAGCAACCAGCGCAGACAAGCACUUCUGAAGGACGCACAUUGACGAAGGCGGAAGAAUCGUUUAAAAAGAUGCAGGAAAAGAUGCAAAACAAGCGCAUCGUGGAGAAGGCACAGAUGACUCAUAAACAACGGGUGGAACUGUUUAACAUGCAUCUGGACAGUCUGACAGAGCACUUCGAUAUACCUAAAGUUUCUUGGACGAAAUAGAGUGGUUGUCGAAUCGUUUUUUUUGUCUCUAUAUUUUGCUGUAAGUAUGUGUUGGAAAUUAUACAACUAACACGUAUAAUGGAGGGAAGAUUUCUUUAUCAUUCAAACACAAUCCCAAUUAACUCAGCUGUAAUAGUAAGACAAACAUGUAUUAAUAUGUUCAAAAGUAUAUAGGGCAAAGAUCCGGAUACUAACUCUGUCCUUUACUGCUAACACUCAACCACCGGGACGCCCUCACAAUAGUUUAAAAAGAAAACAUUAAAGUUGUACCGAUUUGGUAAAUAAACCCUAGAAGCCCAACUUACCCAAAA